AUGAUAACCAAGAUUUUAUUGACUUUGGCAUUGACGACUUAUUUCCAAGUGGCAUAUAUCAAAGCUUACCCAUCAGAUUAUGCUACCUCAUAUGUAAAAAGGGUUAGUAACAGUUAUGGCGCUGUACCAAUUCAUGGGAAAGAGGAGAAUGGACUUUAUGGACAUGGUCAAGAGUAUGGUUAUGGAAAGGGGCAGGACUAUGUAGAUUAUUAUGCUUAUCCUAAAUACAAGUAUACCUACGGCGUUGAUGACCCCCACUCUGGUGAUCACAAGUCUCAAGCGGAAGUACGUGAUGGGGAUGUCGUGAAAGGAUACUACACCGUGGAUGAACCUGAUGGUACUAAGAGGAUUGUUCAUUACACCGCUGAUGACCACAACGGCUUCAAUGCUGUGGUUGAAAAGGUUGGCCACGCAGUACAUCCGGCUUCAUAUAAGACUUCAGGAGUUGACCAGUCCGAUUAUAGUUAUAGUCAUGGAUAUGGAUACGGACAUUAG